UUCACGGAUACUCAUCUCUGAAGAGACACGUUGAGGAAGAACUUACAAAAUGCAGAUCUUCGUCAAGACCCUCACGGGCAAGACCAUCACCCUCGAGGUCGAGCCAUCGGACACGAUCGAAAAUUUUAAGGCCAAGAUCCAGAACAAGGCAGGUAUUCCCCCGGAUCAGCAGCGUUUGAUCUUCGCUGGCACGCAGCUGGAGGAUGGUCGUACCCUGUCCGACUACAACAUCCGGAAGGAGUCGGCACUCCAUCUGGUGCUGCAUCUACGGGGUGGUAUCAUCGAACCAUCGCUGCGUAUUCUGGCCCAGAAGUACAACUGCGACAAGAUGAUUUGCCGCAAGUGUUACGCCCGGCUGCACCCGAGAGCGACCAAUUGCCGCAAAAAGAAAUGA